CGAGAGAGACCAUAGACAAUUUAAUUUAGACAUCAUCAUCCUCCUUAACUAAAUUCAAAGGAUGCUUUGAAUCUUCAAUUUAGCAAUACGAUGUCGUUUGGUUGUUGUCUGUUUUCUUCUCCUCCGCCCCACCUUGUUUGCAGAAAACGAAACAGAACCUCUCUCUUCAAGGUCUCUGCAAACGUUCCCGAUUUUCUCUCUGCUGACUGGUUUGAAUCUCGCAAGAAAAAACCAUUUGGUCCAAAAUUAGAUUUCACUGCAGAAGAUGCUGUUCAUCAUCAGCUUGAAGCAUUGAAGUAUAAUGACCAGCCUCGUCAAGAUUAUGGAAUUGAAGUCAUGUACAGAUUUGCUGGUUUUGAUCCUUUUGAAAGGUCGACAUACUUUGGCCCAUUCUUUGAUCUCGGUCAGUUUGAAAGGUUUAGGCGUAUUUUUCACCAUUCUACUUACAGAGUCUUAUUGGGUCACAAGGAAAGAAAGAUCAUGAGCAGUUUGUUUGUGGAGGAGAACAAAUAUAAGCAGCGGAUUUGGGUUCGAGGAAGUCGACCAGAGGAAGAGGAGAUAUUUCAAUUUACAAUGGUUCAGCGGGUUGGUGGUUGCUGGGAUGGUUAUUGGCUGACGGAGUCUGUGCUUCACGACUUGGAUACGUUUUCUGGUGGGGUAGCAUAUUGAAAAAAUUUCAAAGCAGUAGUCAGUUUCGUGAAGCUCCAUGGCCAAAACAUAAAGUGAUAUGCAGUAUGCUAUUAUUACUAUCAUAGAUUCCUAAUUCUAAUCUGUAAAAUUUGUACAUAUUUAUAAGAAAUUCAGUUGUUAUUAUGUGUAAAUAAACGAGGACUAUAAUUGGUCCUUGCUGAUCCAAUGUAAACAGUCCUGCACAUUUUGACAAGUUGCCAUGUGUUUCGUGCUUAUACUCAAAUGUGUAUACUUGUGCAAGAUAGAAUAAAAUGAAGAGAAUUACUCCUUCAA